GAAACGCUAAACCCUAUCAUUUCCUUCCGUGUGAGCCAUUUAUAGUCCACGUCCGACAUAUCCUGUCCCUCAUUCGUAGUUGAGUCGUCCUGUCGAUCGGUUCGCGGUGGUUCCGUCGUCGUCGUCGUUGUCGCCAACGUCGGUUCCCUACAGCCGGUUUGCCCACAUUGUAUUCUCCUCUAUGGCUGUAUACGGUGUGUGCAUUUGGUUGGAGGUUGUUUGACUAUUGCGGUGGAUACCUAUAUCGAAGUGCGUUCAAAAGCCAAUAUUUGGCCUUUCUUCCAGUUCCAGCAUAGCGACUACAUACCUACCUAGUGAGAAGUGUGUUUGGUCUCUUUUGGUCGAACGACCGACAGCAUUUUUGACCGCGGUGAUUGUUAAACACAGGGGUCAUUUUCUGGGCGGGGAACCAAUAUAAUUAAUUGAGUGUAGGAUUUCGAGCAAAUGCUCGGAGGCGGAAACGGAAGAGGAGGAAUCUGAAAGUGGUAUAGCUCUUUCAAUAUGUACGUGCUUUGCAAACAGCUAAAAAAUGACACUGAAUCGUGUGCAGCAUAACUAGGUGAAGGCCGAGUCAGGGAGGACUUGCCGAAAUAAUGUGAUAGCCAGCUUAGUAUACAUGUACCGCGGAAAAGGAUAUUGCCAAGGAAAAGACAGAGCGAAAAAUUGAAAGUGUGAUAAAUACCAUCGAUCGGGGGUUUGUGUAAGCUGUAGCUGACCAUCAGGACAGGAUAAGCACCACCACUGGCACUGGCUGGGAGUGACCGAAGCAGACCCGUUCCACAAUUCGAUUGUUUCCGGAAAGACAAAUCAUCCAACCGUUGAGUGUCGUCUAACACAUCAACACAUCGAAAUCGCUUGAUGCACAUAACGCCGGCUGAAUGGCGUCGCCUGUGGAGACAUCGGAGAAUCUGCAGGACUGGGAAUAUGUCAAGCAAGGAAUUGCACUAUGGCUUAACAAUCAACCGAAAGCGGCCGAGGAAAGCUUCCACAAUCGGGAAUCCAGUGUGCACAUCGUGGCGGGCCACACAUUCAUCUCUUUCAUGAAUGCCGUGAUUUCGUGGGAAACGGAAAAGAUGAACGAAGCCCAAUCCAAGCUGCGGGAGCUGGAGAAAAAGUGUGCCGGCGACAUUGGCUGGAUCAAAACCAUGCGAACGAAACUGUUCGGUAGCUACGAGCCUCGAAAGUCCCUGGCCGAUGCCCUUGAAGAGCAGAUAAUCUUGGCCGACACCCAACUGUGUCUGGCCAUUCUGGUGUCCCUCAGCCAAGACAUUGGUGGUUUCGUCAAGGGCGGUUGGCUGUUGCGAAAAGCGUGGAAAGUAUACCAGCACACGUACAGUCAAAUCUAUCAGCUGUACACCAAGACGCUAACGUGUGAAAGUAUACCGCAGGCGCCACUGAGACACCAAAUGGGAGCUUCAAUGUUGGAAUUAGGCACUCCAUCGUCCGUGGAUUGGACGGUGCCCAACUCGGUGCUGCCGACUCCCAGUCUCAUAGAUGAUAAGCAAAUUCACCUUACCAUCAACGGUUGCCCUUCGAUGGACGACCUCAGGCGGGAGAUUUCCAAAUCGCGCACACAGUUUUUCGCCCAAACCUUAAAUGGGGAAACGAAACCUUCCGAAUCGACUGCAACGGAUCACAUAACCAACGGAGGUGAAACUAGCAGUUCAAGCACUACCACCGGAAGUUGCGGUAGUGUCAAGCGGAGUUUUACCACCCAAUUCGAAGGGGUUGACCUGUCGGCGACAUGUUCCAGCGGAAAUGGCAGUAGCAUUACACCACAAAGUGCCUCUAAUGUGUCCAGCAGCAGUGAAUCCAUUACGGAACCAGUGGUGGUGAAACAGGUUGUGAAGCGAGAGACGUUGAAGUUGGACAUCGAAGGAGUUAAGUCAAAGCGACGAUUGAAUGGACUCAACGGAUUGAAGCCAGUGAGGCCACCUCCUGAGCCAGCGAAUCACGAAGCAGGGGAAACCACCACAGACGACAUCACCCAAAUUGACCCGGAAGACGUUCGACGACUGAUGGGUGCCGUCAGCUUCGGAUACGGUGUAUUCCAGCUGAGCAUUUCGCUCCUUCCGCCAAGUUUGCUGAAGGUCAUUAGCUUUCUGGGAUUCGAAGGUGAUCGAACGAUGGGCGUUGCCUGUUUAAUGCAUUCCAGAACAAGUGUAGAUAUGAGGGCACCCCUCUCAACGUUGGCAUUGCUUUGGUACUACACCAUAGUGACGCCAUUUUUCGCGCUGGAUGGAUCGAAUUUGAAAUUCGAGAUCUGCUCAGCGCAGGAGCUGAUCGAAGAGUCUACCGAGUUUUCCAAAUCUUCACUGUUCUUAUUCUUCCGUGGGCGAGUGGAACGAUUGAAGUCCAACAUCAAGGAAGCCAUAUUGGCAUACGAGUUUGCUUAUCGCGCUUCCGCCCAACGAGAAAUCAAGCUAUUGUGCUUGCACGAGAUCGGUUGGUGUCGCCUGAUCCAGCUGGACUACGGCACGGCAAUGAACAACUUCAAAGAUCUACGCCGAUGCAGCCAAUUUUCCAAGAGCUUCUACGCAUACCUAACGGUCAUCUGCCAGGGGUCGCAUGGUUACUUCGACGAGCUGACCAAGUGGCGAGCGGAGAUCUCCGAACUGAUCAACCGUUCCAGCCAGAAAGAAUCCCAAAUCGAGAAGUACAUCUACCGGAGGUGCCAAAAACUUCCGAAAGCCGACACAGAAUCCGAGAAGUUCGACUGUGGCUACUGGCGGCUGUUGGUGUACGAGAUGCUUUUCAUGUGGAACGCUUUGAGCAGCUGCAGUGAAGAAACUUUGAAGGUGAUCAUAGAGGAUUGUGGCAAACUUGGAGAUGAAUCGUCGGAACCAUCGCUGGGCUUGAGACAGCUAAUCUUGGGCGCAAGUUUGUGCUGUGCGAAGCGGUACGAUGAGGCAAUCGAUGCCUAUCGAGCGUGCAUUGCAAUGCGGAACGACGAACCGCCACUUCAGCAGGAUGUGCACAUUUCCGCGUUUGCCCACUACGAGCUGGCAAUGUUGCUACUGAGAGAGCAGAGCAGCGAGGCAAAUGCCGAAGCCAAACAGUUGCUUCUACACGCACAGCAAACCUACAGGAGCUUCGAUUUCGAUAAUCGCAUUAACGUCCGAAUACAUUCGAUUCUGAGAAAGCUUAAUUAGGUGUAUGAUUGGAGUUCAGUGCUUGGGGAUUUGAUUGAUUUGUUUCUAUUAAGACUGCAUAAAAGAAGCUUCACUUCGAUAUCAUGAAAUUGCAUCAUAAGACUCAUCGAUGAUAAAUUAUAUAAACUUUGGAAUACUCAACUGGUUCCUUAUAAAAUUUAACAAACAUUUUUAAUAAAUCAUACAAUUCGGUAAAAUCGUUCAUCCAUUCAUUAGUUUUCUCCUCGUGAUUCAUUGGUGCCUUAUUUGAUCGAAGAACCACCAUCCAAUAACUAGCAAAUCACAUUUUUGAACCUAGCACCCGUUAAUCACGCUUGGGCGAUGAAGAAAACCACACUUACUAUUUCGGCUACCAUAAAAGCAAUUGAUGACAAAAUAAUUCAUAAAUUGAUAUAACAAACAAAAUGAAACCUCAUUGGAAGAAUUGAACAUGUUAAGUUUACUAUUAGACACCCAAUAGAGAGUAGAUAGGACGCAGCACCAGGACUUAACAAUAUCGGUGAACGGAAAUCUGGUUCGCAUACAAUACCAAAGCAGACAAAUAAUAAGCGACAUGACAAACGUUUAACAUGUGAUAAUAACAAAAUGGAUACUUAAUAAAAAUUGUCCUUGGCAGUAAAAUUUAGUAGCA